AUAGCUACUGAGAAGAAGGUUUGCUGAAAUCAGACAUCAAACAUCAACUCUGAAAGUGAAAAGUUCCAUCUCCCACUGAAAUGCUGCUUCUUCCAUUUCAAUUGCUAGCUGUUCUCCUCCCAGGGGCUGAUGGUGAGGAUGGCUUCCAGGGACCAACCUCUUUCCAUGUCAUCCAGAUCUCAUCCUUUGCCAACAGCACCUGGGCACAAAAUCAAGGUUCAGGCUGGUUGGAUGAUUUGCAGAUUCACGGCUGGGACAGUGACUCAGGCACUGCCAUAUUCCUGAAGCCCUGGUCCAAGGGCAAGCUUAGUGACGAGGAGGUUGCUGAACUGGAGGAACUAUUCCGAGUCUACUUAUUUGGAUUUAUUCAAGAAAUACAGGCUCGUGCCAGUAAAUUCCAGCUGGAAUACCCCUUUGAGAUCCAGGGCAUAGCAGGCUGUGAGCUACAGUCUGGGGGAUCUGUAGUAAGCUUCCUGAGUGGUGGUAUAGGAGGACUGGAUUUCCUGAGAUUUGACAAUGAUACCUGUGUGCCUUCCCCAGAGGGGGGCACCAGGGCCCAGCAGGCCUGCACACUAAUCAUGGAAUAUCAAGGUAUCAUUGAUACUGCAAGGAAGCUCCUGUAUGAAACCUGCCCCCGAUACCUCUUGGGUGUCCUCGAUGCAGGGAAGGCAGAGCUGCAAAGGCAAGAAAAACCCAAGGCCUGGCUGUCCAGCGGCCCCAGUCCUGGGCCUGGCCGUCUGCUACUGGUCUGCCACGUCGCUGGAUUCUACCCAAAGCCCGUGUGGGUGAUGUGGAUGCGGGGUGAGCAGGAGCAGCCGGACACUCAGCACAGCGACCUCCUGCCCAAUGCUGACUGGACAUGGUAUCUCCAAGCCACCCUGGAUGUGGCCGCUGGGGAGGCUGCUGGUCUAUCCUGCCGGGUGAAGCACAGCAGUCUGGAGGGCCGGGACAUCAUCCUCCAAUGGGGACCACCCAUCUCUGUUGCCUUGAUCUGUUUGGCAAUAUUAGUGCCCUCCAUCAUCUUUUUGCUAUGCCUUGCACUAUGGCAUAUGAGGCGCCGGUCGUAUCAAGAUAUCCCCUGAGUCCUCAUCAUGUCUUCUCUUCUAUUUGGAACAAGGACCAAGAAGCCUAGGAUCCCACAGUGUCAACCCAAGGGUCAGUCUCAUCACAUUUCAUCAAAUGAUUGCCAUAUUUUAUCAAAGUGGACUUUAUGUUCAUUGCAAAAUAAAUUAUAAUUGCAUUAUCAGUAGAAAAGGAUUUAAAACAGUUAAAAUAUUAUAAGUCUGUAUGAAUAGUAUGAUCUAUGUCUUAUAUAUUAAA